UUAGUUAGAAUCAGUUGGAAUCUGUGCAUCGCUGGCUAUUUUAGGUGCUGGUUAGAAGUAGACUUAUUUAUUUUGCACUUUGCGUUGGUUAUUUACACAUUACACUUACUUGGUCUUACAUUGAUAGCUAUCAUAAUUGAUUAGUUGUAUUACUUUUUGUGAAGUUAUAAAUUUUACAAUUUCUAAUAAGGUACUAAUACAGACUUCUCUUCACAGUCAGAAUAAAAUUUAAAAAUGUCUGAUGAAAUUGACAUAGAAGAACAUGAUAUUCUGAAUGAUCCAUCCAUAAAAAAUAUAUUUCCAGACCUGUCUGUGGUAAAAAAAGAAUUAAAUGAGUACUAUGCAGAAGAAAAGAAUGUAUGUGAAGACACUCAAUUAAAAAAAGCUGUCAUCAAAAAAGAACAACAGGCAACACAUAGUACAAACAAUAAUGUACCAGAUAUUGCAAAUCCUUCACAAGGUGUAGAUUAUGAACAAGAAAAAGUUGUUAUUAAAAAGGAGGUAGAUACAUCACAAAGCCUAAUAUACAAUAAUGAACUAGAUAUUGCAAAAACUUUACAAGCAACUGAAAAUGAUAUGGGCCUAAGAAAAUUUAAUGAAAAUAUAAUUGUUCUUGGAUCAAAACCUACCACAAAAUGUGACAAUAAAAAAAGUGAUGGUAUAGAUAAAGUAGCAAAGUUGCAGUUAAAGAAAAUAGAUAGCUUUUUGGGAUCGUGUAAAAGGUACUGUAAGGAAUGCCAAAUAUUGUUUCCAAAAGCAAAUUUAUUUAAUCUCCACAAGAUUAAUAGACAUAGAAAACGAGAGCUAAUUAGGGUCAAUACACAACGGCUUCAUGAAACACCAAAACGGGUAGAAAUGAAUGAUAGUUCCAGCAAAAUGUCUGUGGACCAACAUCCUCAAGGAGAUGACUCCACAGAGCUGUCUUGUUUCCAUUGUAAACAAAUAUUUCCAAAUAAAUCUUGUCUGAUCGAGCAUCUUUAUAAAGUUUUGGAACCUAAUGAAAUAAAUAGCAAUAACAGUCCAACAGCUUCAAGUACUAAUGACAAAAAUAAUGAUGAGAAAUAUUCCAGCAGUCAGUCCCUUGAUGAGUCUGAAAAUAAUUUGGAAAAAUCAGACACCAAACGACUGAAGACAAAACAAGUAAAAGAUAAGAAUAAACAUACAAUAAACAAAACCAACAAGAACACAUUGCCGCUGAGGGUAGUUCAGGACAGAAAAGUAAUAAAUAAGAAUAAUGCAGAAGACAAUGUUAGAAAGAAAGGAUGUGUAGAUGAUAGUUCUGUUGAAAUAGACGAUGGGUUAUUUUACAAGUGUUUCAUAUGUUCCAAAUACAAUGUUACUUUUAAACACUAUUCACGGCAUAUAAUAACAGAUCACAACAUACAGCCACCAAUGAAAGUAAAAAAAGUACUUUUUGAUCCAAAGUGCAAGUUCUGUUCAUCGAAAAUUAUAAAUAUGAAGUAUUAUAAUGUACAUUUAUAUAAGUGUCACAAACAGCAACUAAAAGGUGUAAACUUUCGCCCUGAUAAAAAUAAAGUUCGAAGAAAAAGUGAUAUGUUUGCACUAAAAAGUGUAGUGUUUAAAUGUAUGAAAUGCAGAUUAUUUUUCUUAUCAUCAAAUGCAGCGACAAACCAUUCAAUACACAGAUUAAGUAAUGCUACAAAGUGUUCAAAAUGUCAAAGAUCUUUUAAUAGUGAAUAUAUGGCACUUCAUAAGGACCAACAUUCACUAUCGGAAACUUUAACUGUACACACACUUUCGAAAUCAGCAUCUAAUUCAAUAUUAUACAAGUGUUCAGGUUGCGCUAUACAUUACAGUGAAGAAUCGUUUUUGGAACAUAACCCAAAAUGUCAUUCUGACACACCAAACUCCUCGAACUGCAAAAUAUGUGACAUUCGUAUAAAUAGCAAUGACUUGAAAGUUCAUAAUUUGAAUCACAAAAAACGUAAAAUGGUAUAUACUGAUUUUAUAAUAAUAGAAUCUGAGAUCAUAGCCAAUAAGGCUCCAAAACUUAAAAAGGAUACUAAAAAGCCGCAAAUGUUGUUUUGUAAGACUUGCGAUUGUUUUAUGGUCAAAACUAAUAUUUUGCAUUGGGAAGAAAAAUGUAGCCAUUUGAAAAAGACGAUAUGCAAAGAUUGUGGGCUUGUAAUGACAAGUAGUUCUCACGUUAUACAUAAAAAAGCUCACAAAAACAAAUAUAUGAAUCUGUAUGAUUUUACAUUUAUUGAUAUUAAAUCAAAAAAACUAAUUACUCCACCGAUACCUGUCUAUCCUAAAUGCAACACUUGUGAUGUACACUUUUUAAGAAAAUCCGCCAUACAAACACAUACAUGUCAUGAACAAAAUUACAUAACUUGCAGCCUCUGUUCCAUAAAAUUGACAGAGCAUGCUUACAAAUUGCAUAUGCCUUUUCAUAGCUAUUCGAAACCGGAUACCAUUCGAAGUCUGGAAAACACUGUGAGCUUGUGAUAUUCAAGUAAUGCCAAAUCUGUUGGCAUAAAUUUGGUUCGAAAUCUGCAUACCACCAACAGUAAAGCCACUAAUGUACUGUUCAGACAAUUGGUAAUAUAUAAUUAUUAUAAGACAGUGCAUUUAGACUUAAUCUUUGGUUUGCAGACCUUGGAAUGCAUUGCAAAUUGGUUAACUGGUCAUAUAAUAUAAUAUGUAUUUUUAAUUCUAGUUAUACUUUUUUAAUGAGUCUUUAAAAUACUUGUGCUUCCUCUUAAUAUAUAUUUUAUUUUAUAGUACAUAUAUACAUAGGUUUUAGGGCUGCUCAAGUCUGUAUAAAAAUAAUAAAAUAACAUAUAAUAAUUAUAAAUUAUAAAAUAUUGCAAUAAUGCUUAUUUUACAAUUCUGGAGCCUCAAUUCGAGCACAAGCUCACAGAGAGCUAGUAUAUCAUGUGACAGAAAAUAAAAGUUAUUUCUCUUGUCAUAGUAAAAUAAUAUUUAUUUGUACUUUACAACAACUCAUUUGUGUUGCUGCCGUGAAGCGGAGCUACCAAUUGCAACUUUGAUUCAUUCAAAGUUACAAUACACUGAUAGAUAGUUACAAUGUUCCUGAGUGCUAUAGGCUAUAACCAUCACGCUACGAUCAAAUGGAGCCGAGCAGCGGGUGAAACCGCGCGAAAGUAGCUAGUUUUAAAUGUAAUACAUAUUGUCUUUAUUUGUUGUAUAUUGAUCUGGGUUCUUGUCUACAACGACAAAAAUAAGUGACCGAGUCUAUAAAAAAAUUGUCAUAACGUUAAAACUUUUCUUUUGUAUUUUGUACCUUCUUUUGUAGUGUGCUUUCUUUUCAUAUAUUAUUUUUAAAUGAUAAUGUAAUAAACUGAGUACCACGAGUAAAUUCAAAAGCAGAAAAAUAGGUAAUUUAUAUGAAAACUGCCAAUCAUUGUUAUUGUAUUGUAAAAAUAUUUAAAAU